UGGAGCCUCGCAGUCAGUGCAAUAGCUCGGGACGGUCGGGACCGACGGCCGGGGAUGCAUCAGGGCGUGGGGACCAUGGGACGCCGGCUCGGGGCUAACCCCCUUCGCGUCUUCCCUUUCCUCCUCCUCUUCCUCCUGCUCUGGGUGCCCACGGCUCGGGGUCAGGCGGCUCGUCGGGACCGGCGCCAGCUGGGGCUGCGGAGGCCGGGGGGCAGCCCGGGGAGCAGCCUCGGAGCGCCCGGCUACGUGGGGGCCAGUGAGCCCCAAAGCCCGCGCCGGGGAGUCGGCGGCAGCAGGAGCGCAGAGGUCUGCAGGAGCCGCCCCCUGGACCUGGUGUUUAUCAUCGACAGCUCACGCAGCGUGCGGCCCCAGGAGUUCGCCAAAGUGAAAAGCUUCGUGGCCAAGAUCAUCGAGAGUUUGGACGUCGGGGCCGGCGCCACCCGGGUGGCCCUGGUGAACUACGCCAGCACCGUGAAGAUCGAGUUCGGCCUCCGGACCUAUUCUGACAAGGCCUCCGUGAAGCAGGCGGUGUCGCGGGUCAGCCCGCUCUCCACGGGCACCAUGUCCGGCCUGGCCAUCCAGACGGCCAUGGACGAAGCCUUCGCCGUGGAGGCCGGGGCCCGGGCGGCCCCCUCCAACAUCCCCAAGGUGGCCAUCAUGGUGACCGACGGCCGGCCGCAGGACCAGGUGGAGGAGGUGGCGGCCCGGGCCCGAGCGGCCGGCAUCGAGAUUUACGCCGUGGGGGUGGAUCGGGCGGACAUGCAGUCCCUGAGGACGAUCGCCAGUAGGCCCCUCGACGACCACGUGUUUUAUGUCGAGACCUAUGGGGUGAUCGAGAAAGUGACCUCGAAGUUCCGGGAAACUUUCUGCGCUCUGGACCAGUGUGCACUGGGCACCCACCAGUGUGAGCACGUCUGCGUAAGUGAUGGAGGUGGCGCCCAUCACUGCGAGUGCAGCCAAGGCUACACCUUGAAUGAAGACCAGAGAACUUGCUCAGCUAUUGACAAGUGUGCCCUAAACACCCAUGGGUGCGAGCACAUUUGUGUGAGCGAGCGUGCCGGCGCCUACCGCUGCGAGUGCUACGAAGGCUACUUCCUGAACGAAGAUAAGAAGACCUGCUCAGCUCGGGACAGGUGCGCCCUGGGCACCCACCAGUGUCAGCAUAUCUGUGUGAGCGACGGGGCGGGAGCCCACCACUGCGAGUGCUACGAAGGCUACAGCUUGAAUCAGGAUAAGAAGACGUGUUCUGCCGACAAUCAGUGCGCCCUGGGCACCCACCGCUGCCAGCACCAGUGCGUGCCCGCCGGGCCCGGGGCUUACCGCUGCCGCUGCCGCCCGGGCUACAGCCUGCAGGGAGACGGGCGCUCGUGCGCAGCUGUGGAAGAAGCCCGGAGACUCAUUUCCACGCAGGAUGCCUGCGGCUGUGACGCCACCCUGGCCUUCCAGGAGAAGGUCACCUCCUACCUGCAGAGACUUUCUGCCAAACUUGACGACAUCUUGGAGAAGUUACAAGUCAACGAUCUGAGACAGGUCCGCCGCUAGAGCUGCCACCCUUGCCCCCUCAGGAGGCUGACAGCGGGCCUGCGGGGAUUACGGGGCCCUGGUCGCUGGCGUGCCAGCGCCGUUUCCCAGCCACCAAAAACAUCAUUGAGUAAAUAUUAAGAUGAAUUUCUAGAGACCAAUUCUUUUUUUUUUUUUUUUCUUUCCUUUUUCCUUCAAGCAAAAAGCAACCCACGGAGAAUAACUGGGAGUUUGCUAUUCAGCAACACUGCUUUUAAAGCAGCCUGUUGCCCAAAUGCUUUUCAGUUUUACUCCAUGCUGGGGCAAGCUCCCUUCCCAUUUCUUGAGAGUGAGAUAACCGAGCCCCUUAAAAAGAAACGCCAAAUGCUUUCUUUUCCAGAACCGUGUCUCUCUAAAUGAAAGUAAAAAAGCUUCAAAAUAGUACAAUGAGAAUGUUCUCACUAGAGAUUCAAGUUUUUGAGACAUUUAAUUCUGGAAUGAUACAAUUAUACUAAUAAGAUAAAACAAAGUGGCCACUUUAACAUUGGAAACUUUUCAUCUCUUUUGUUUUGAUAGUAUGUGUCCUCUAUACUUAUUAAAGUGUUUCUUUUUUAAAUUGUUAUCUACAUUUCAAUGUCUACUUUAUCUGAGCAGAUGAAGGAACUCCAAAAGGGAACCUAGACCGUUUGCUGAGCUUACACAGCUUGCUCAGUCUUUUCAUCUAGUCUGUCUGUUCCUAUAAUUGCUUGGUUGUACACAUUCUGAAGACAAACACACAGAUAAGUGUUUUUCUGCACUAAAGUCAUUCUUGUGGUCCAUCAGGCCCUCACUUGUAUCAUGAUGCUCAAUAAGACUUGUUCAGCUGUGAUAUUGGGGCUCUCGGUCCUUGUAUCCAAAAAAAAAAAAAAAUCUAAUCAUAAACUCCUUGGAUAGAACCUUUAAAUCUAAGAAUAACAUGGAAGUUAUGCUUCUUUGUGGCUUUGCCUCAUAACUACAGGCUAGCAAAAUUCUGUUAUUAUAAACAUUUUUUGUAACUUAUUACCAAUAUAAUUUAAAAAAAUCUCUUGUUAUGAUUUUAUUAGUAUAAAUUGGCUCAGAUGCAUUUUUGUGACCACAUCUUUUGUAUGUGGAAUAUUGUAAAGUAUUCUAGAUCAUUUUUAAUUAUGUUGUAUGAGUUGGUCUGUUAUUUUUCAAGUGAAUUGGAUUCUCACCUGAACUUAUAUGAACUUUAGAAGAAUAAACAUAUAACUUGCUUGA